AUGAGCCAAAUAACUUUCUAUGAAGCAAGAGGUUGGGAAUGGAUGCUCGCGUGUGAAGAUGAGAUCCGUUCGAUCGAGAAAAACAAUACGUGGACUCUUAUGGAGUUACCGCAUGGUGCUAAGGCAAUUGGAUUGAAGUGGGUGUUCAAGCUCAAGAGGAACUCUGAUGGAAGCAUUAACAAACACAAAGCUAGGCUUGUUGCCAAGGGAUAUGUUCAACGUUAUGGAAUAGACUUUGAGGAAGUGUUUGCACCAGUAGCUCGGCUCGAAACAAUACGGUUUCUAAUUGGUCUUGCUGCAUCAAGAGGAUGGGAGAUACAUCAUCUUGAUGUCAAGACAGCUUUUCUCCAUGGAGAGUUAAAAGAAAUCGUCUAUGUCUCGCAGCCAGAGGGUUUUGAAGUAAAAGGGAGUGAGAACAAAGUCUAUAAGCUCCAUAAGGCACUAUACGGUCUGAGGCAGGCACCAAGGGCGUGGAACAAUAAGUUGAAUCAGAUUCUCAUGGAACUUAAGUUUGUUAAGUGCUCAAAGGAACCAUCGGUUUAUCGCAAGGCUAUUGGUGAUAGUCUCCUCCUUAUCGCCGUGUAUGUUGAUGACUUGUUCGUUACAGGAACUAACAGAAGGAUCAUUGAUGAGUUCAAAGACGAGAUGGCCACCAAGUUUGACAUGAGUGACCUCGGGAAGUUAACAUACUACCUCGGAAUGGAGGUGAAACAACACGAUGGUGGAAUAAUGCUUAACCAGAAGCGUUAUGCGUUGAAGAUCUUAGAGGAAGCUGGAAUGGAGAACAGUAAUCCUGUUCACACACCAAUGGAGUCUGGACUGAAGUUGUCCAAGGCCGGAGAAGAGAAGAUAUUGACGCCACCCUGUUCAGAAAGAAUGUUGGCUGCCUACGAUAUUUACUUCACACAAGACCGAAUCUUGUGUUACAGCGUGGGCGUGUUGAGUAGAUACAUGCAGAAUCCCAAAGAGUCUCAUGGUGUUGCCAUGAAACAAUGUUUAAGGUAUCUACAAGGCACAACCACUCUGGGACUAACCUUUGAGAGAUCUACUUCAAAGGUACCAAGGUUGAUAGGUUACAGUGACAGCAGCCACAAUGUGGAUCCAGACGACGGGAAGAGCACAACGGGCCACAUAUUCUAUCUUGGUGAAAGUCCUAUCACGUGGUGUUCUCAGAAGCAAGAAACAGUUGCAUUAUCAUCGUGUGAAGCAGAGUUUAUGGCAGGUACAGAAGCGGCGAGACAAGCAAUUUGGCUCCAAGACUUGCUUGGUGAAAUCACUGGUACAACGCGUGAAAGAGUUGUUAUUCGCAUUGACAACCAGUCUGCAAUAGCUCUCACAAAGAAUCCGGUGUUUCACGGUCGAAGCAAACAUAUACACACGCGGUAUCAUUUCAUAAGGGAGUGUGUCGAGAAUGAGCAAAUUGAAGUCGAACACGUUCCCGGAGAAAAACAAAAGGCGGAUAUCCUGACCAAAGCAUUGGGAAGAAUCAAGUUCAAGGAGAUGAGAGAUCUCAUGGGAGUUCAAGAUCUAGAGAAGACAGACUUCAAGCUUAAGGGGGAAAAUGUUGAAGUAAGCUUGAAGAAAGCUUGA